AUGCCUUUUCUUCAGAGUUCAGACACUUCUUUUCGUCUUUCUCUUCCUGAGCUGUCUCCUUUACCUUGAUGCACCAUUAAGAUAAUUAAAUCAUGGAGACUAAACUGAUCAGUGAGCAGCCCAAGCCGCUUCAAAUCAGUCCAAGUGGCGAGGAGUGGUCCACCGGCCUCUGCGAGUGUGACAGCAUCUGUGACUGUUGCUUUGCAUUUUGGUGUGUCCCCUGCUUCAACUGCAUCACAGCCAGGGACCAUGGUGAGUGUUUGUGUCUGCCUCUGCUUGAGUGCUGUGGAUUCGUCCCACCCAUUACCAUGGCGAUGCGAGUGUCCACCAGACUCACCUAUGGUAUUGAGGACACCAUAUGCAAUGACUGUGUGUACGCCUGCUGCUGUGGCCCCUGCACCUGGUGCCAAAUAAGACGUGAGAUGAAGGCCCGUCACCAUCCUGUAACGAGGUUACAUAUAAAGAAAUAACAUCAUCAUCAUCUCCUACUAUCAUCAGAUGAAUUGUAAUGCUAUCAGAAUCAUCCAAGAGACACUUUUGUGGAUCCUUUAACAGUUAAUCACUAUCUGGGGCUCAGGUCUGAUAUGUGUCAACCAAAAUGCUCAUGUAUGAAGACGUAUACUUUCUAAAAACAAGCAUUUUGUAAAAUGCUCAGUGCCCCUCUUUGUAUUUAUAAUUCUGAGAUAUUAUAUUAUAUUAUAUUAUAUUAUAUUAUAUUAUAUUAUAUUAUAUUAUAUUAUAUUAUAUUAUAUUAUAUCCAGUACAUUCCUGCCUGGAUAGUAUUUGUCUAUUCCCAUUUUUUUCAUUGUGCUGAUUCUCAAACCCAAAAUUCU